AUGAUUGUAUCAUCUUCAAUAAAGAAAUUGGUUGCUUGUGCUUGGACUGGUGUUAAUAAUGAAAUACAUACAUUCCGCGCUCAUGAUCGAUCGCAUCCCGAUUCAUUCAAAAUCUAUCAAGAAUUGAAUAGAUUGACCAACGAACUAAUUCAACAUGGCUAUAAACCUGAUGGUUCAUGGAUUGUACGAGACNUUUAUAAACAAUUAAAUUUUUAUUUUCAACUUCAGUUGGUUUUAAAAUUGAAAGAAAAUCUUCUCGACAUUUUCGCACAGUUUUUAUUAAUUGUUCUUUAUUUGUACUAUGAAUAUCAUCAUAAAAAUAAAUUGAAUCUUGUUUUAAUGCAUUUAGUAGAAAUGGACAAACAGGUCCAGAACGAUUUGUAA